AUGAGACAAUUCAACGUAAGCUAUUUAGCCGUGGUCCGAGGGGAUAAUUUAGUGUCGAAAUACUACAGGAGCGAGCAAUCGGAGUACGGCUCCAUUGGGAAGGCAGGCAAACAUGCUACUCCAGAAGUAUUCGAGAGGUUAGUCAAAGAAAUGGUGCUUCCAAAAGUAGUCCACUUGGAUGGCAAUAAAGUGACCAAAGUCUCGACGACAUUGUUAGACGGUUUCGACUGUUAUUAUGGAACAUCAGACAACAGUACUGUGUAUGUAUGCUUCACGACUCAUGAUAUGCCCAAGAUUUUGCCCCUCCGUGUCUUGGCAGAGCUCAAAUCCAUGGAAAAUGAGACUGAUAAACAGCUAGAUGAAAAUAUCCAACUUAUUAUUCGGCAAUUUCAAGAAGAACUACUGUCGUAUCACGAUUCAGGCCCUGCUGAAGCGACAGAGCAAGACUUACAAGAAAUUAUUCAGAUUAUGAAUGACAAUAUUGAUAAGUUUCUUCAGCGACAGGAGCGAGUAUCUCUAUUAGUAGAUCGCACUUCAAAGCUGAAUCAAUCGAGUUACAACUUUAAACGAAAAGCUGUGCGAAUUAAGACUAAGAUGUGGUGGCAAAAUAUCAAGUUAUGCUCCACUUUGGUACUGGUUGGGUUGAUCUUAAUUUUCCUCAUUUGGGUUGUUGUACAUUUUGCUUAA